CGCAACACCGUCAAACGAGGCGUAUACGUGUUCUGUGUGUUUUAAUAAUAAGAAUCCCCGAUUAUCUACAAUGGCUGAUAGUAAAGUACCCGAUUGGGUCACUGCGGAACUGUUUGAGGAUGUUCUCAAAUCGACUGUGGAGGGGUUCUCAAAAGUUAGGAGUUUUAGGGCGGAAAGUGGUUCCGCUGCGGGCGACAACUACGCCACCAUAAUGCUUCGGGUGAAGAUCGAAGUGGAGCUGCAAGAUGGUACAAGCAAACAGGUGUCGUACAUGUUGAAGCUGCCACAUCAGCUGGAGGUGUACCAGGAAAUGAUGAGGCACACCAAUAUCUUCGAAAUCGAGCGCACCAUGUACAAUGCGGUCGUUCCCGAGAUGGAGGCUCUCUAUAAGGCGGCGGGUGUGCAGGUUACUUUCGGGGCCAAGAGCUACGAGCUGAAGAACGCCAGGAGCGAAUACAUAGCCCUGGAGGAUCUGUGCCCAAAGGGUUUUAAAAACGCCAAUCGUCUCGAGGGACUCGAUCAGGCGCACACGGAGAGGGUUCUCCGUAAGUUGGCCCAAUGGCAUGCGGCGACCGCCGUGAGAGUGGCCACCAAGGGACAGUAUCCGGAAAUCGUUCUGAAGGGCUUCUUUCAGGAGGAAAACAAGCCGAUGAUAAACGAAAUGAUGAACGGCAUGGGGGAGAUAUUCCUGAAAUGCUGUGCCACCUACGAUGGCAACGAGGCGUACAUAGACAAAGUGAGAGCUCUGAAGCCUUUGGUAAUCGACGAGAUGUUCAAGCUGGCGGAAGUCGAUCCUACGGAUUUUAAUGUUCUGAACCACGGCGAUUCCUGGUCAAAUAACAUUAUGUUCCAAUACGACGAGUUUGGAAACAUCAAGGAGGUCUAUAUGGUGGACUAUCAGGUGGCGAAGUACGGCUCUGUGGCCCAGGAUCUGUUUUACUUCCUGAUUUCUUCCACCAAGCUGGAGGACAAGCUUAGCAAAUUCGAUUACUACAUAAAGGUGUACCAUGAUAAUCUAGUUGAGCAUUUAAGAAUUCUGAAAUAUUCCAAGCCACUGCCCAGCCUGCGGGACAUUCACAAAGAGUUAUUCAAAUAUGGCCUUCUCGCCUAUUCCGUGGCCACAGGAGUAAUGGCAGCUGUACUUGUUGAUCCAACGGAAAGCGCCAGUUUUGAGAACUUUAUUAGCGACUCUCCCGAGGGAGUGGACUUCCAGAUGCAAAUGUACAAUAAUCCCCGCUACCGGAAACACAUUCAGGUUAUCCUGCCCUGGCUGCUUAAUCGCGGCGUCCUGGAUAUCAAUUAGGAACUUACCUCCACUUAUAAUUUAAUAAGAUGAUAAGGCCCUAGGGGGUCGGGUUUUAGCAUCUUGUUACUUUCCGUUUAAAAGUAUUAAACGCAGUUAACCUUUUUUA